AUGACUGAUGUGGAAUCUACAUAUGCAGAUUUUAUUGCUUCAGGAAGAACAGGUAGAAGAAAUGCAAUACAUGAUAUCCUGGUGUCCUCUACAAGUGGGAACUCUAGUGAACUAUCCCUAAAGUUAUCAGAACUUGAUAUAAAUAAAAGAGAAGGUGAAGGAGAUGCACAAAGAAACCCAACUGAACAAGCUGGGGAGACCCAGGGGGAAGCAGCGAAACAAGAAAGCUGA